UCACCGCUCUCUGUCCAUUGCUUCGUUCAACAGCUCCUGGUUCUGAUUCAGGCCACCGAUGGCGGUGUUGUAGUCGCUACUGCUCAAACUGCUGUCCGCAGGUGCACAACCGUCUUCUUCACUGAUUGUGGACGCCACAGAUACUUUCCGAUUAUGAUCGCUGCUUGAAUGAUAUCCUUCAGAGCCUUGCGAAUCACAGCCAUUCAUCGCGUUAAUCCGUUCGCGAGCCAAACUUGCUGUGAUCCUUCCAUCCGCUAUCGUAUGCCACAUGUCUCGGAUCGUGUACUCAAUCGCACCAGCAACCGGAUGCUUCGUCGCCAUAGGACGGAAUUCGGGACGAAGCUUACGGCUGACCACGACGUCUCUCAUUUCACCAAGGCUCGGGUAGGGACUGGUGUACUCCUCGAAAGGUUGUUUGUAUGGAGGAACAUCAUCAUCAUCCUCGCUCAGUCGCGUACGUGACAGCACCUCCCACAACACCUGGAAAGACGAGAACAUUCUAUCAACUUCUGCGGUAGAUUGUUCUCAAGUAGUUUCUUGUUCAACAGACCCAUUCAAAAGGUCACUCACCAAAGCCAUAGCGUAUACAUCAAUUCGUUGGAAUGCCGGUACGGUGAAUUCGGUUGCACCUUCGAGUACCUCGGGUGACAUGUAUCGGAACGUUCCCACCUGUCCGGUUACUUGAUCAUCAAUCUGAGGGCUACUGAACACAGCAGCCAGACCGAAAUCCGCAAUGCAAGCUGUCAACGCGAGUUCCUUGCCAUUAGCGCUCUCCACCGAUGUCAGGAGGAUGUUCUUCGAUUUGAUGUCACGGUGAACGACUGUAAACUUGCUGCCCUGAGCUUCAUGCAGAAAAGCCAGUCCUUCAAGCAUUCCUGACAUUAUACGCAAACACUGCUUCAUUGUUAAGACGUUAUUUUUGAGAUAGUCAUGUAAAUUGCCUUCCUUCAUGAAUUCCGUAAUCAACCAAUAUUCAUUUUUUCGCCGUUCCACGUCCACAUAGCGUAAGAUGUUCGGAUGACCGGCUCGACGUAGCACAUCAAUGUAGAUAGUCUGCUCUGCAUGCCAACUUUCUUCAUCUUUCAAUACCUUCACAGCAACAUCUACAACACGAUCGCCACUUCGAUAAACGGCACUGAAUACGUCGCCGAAACGACCGCUGGCUACAUGCUUCAAAUCGGUGAUUUCGAAAGUAGGACGAUUGGCUGCACAGUUCAGAAGAGCAUAAGUCUCACUUUGCUGGGAAGUUGUGACAGUCUGAGUCUUAACCUUGUCGCGAUUCUGCCAACACAAGCGAUAUACCAGGGAGAAGACCAGCAAUCCACCAGCUAUACAUAUAGCGAUGAGACCGAACAACAUCACAAACCACAUGUUGUUCAUCCAUCGUGACAUCGCUCCACCCGUUGCGGUUGCGUUACCAUCAGCAACACCACUGUCAUCAGGUGGCGCCUCGUCCACUACCCGGAUGGACACUUUCUUGUUGCACAAAUGUGUUCGGCAGCAGCAAAACUCCAUGUUUGGCUUGGGUCGUCGUCUACCGCUCUCCGCUACACACUGAAAUGCAUUUUCUUUUGCAAUGGCAAUUCUCCGAUCCAUGGACGUUAA